AUGAGUGUUACUACUGCUAUGUUUUUGUACUUAGCUCUACUUCUCUGGAGCACUUUUAUGAGUGGUAUUUGUCAUGGGAUGACUGCUGAUGAUCCUAGUCGGUGGAGUUCUAGUGAUUAUAAUGAUGAUUAUUGUUCGUAUAGAAGUUGGAGGGGAUGUGGGAGUUUCUUUGGUAAAGGUGGUAGCGAUUCUAAGAACGUUGGCAAUGUAGCAGUUGCUACUCCUAAUGGUGGAGUUGGUAGGGGUUCUGGACAAGGUGAGGGAUAUGGUGCAAGUGAAGGAAACAAUGUACAUGGUGAAAGUGGCGUGGGAUAUGGUCAUGGCAGUGGCUUUGGGGUUGGGGUUGGGGUAGGAAUAGGGAUUGGACAUGAUGGAGGAGGAGGAGGUGGAGGUGGUGGUGGAGGUGAAGGUGGAGGAGUUGGCAAUGGAGGCCAAGGUCGUGGUAGUGGUUUUGGUGUAGGUGGAGGAGUAGGAGGCAUAGGAGGAGGUGGUGGUGGUGGUGGAGGUGAAGGUGGAGGAGUUGGCAAUGAAGGCCAAGGUCAUGGCAGUGGUUUUGGUGCAGGUGGAGGAGUAGGAGGAAUAGGAGGAGGUGGUGGUGGUGGUGGAGGUGAAGGUGGAGGAGUUGGCAAUGGAGGCCAAGGCCAUGGCAGUGGUUUUGGUGAAGGUGGAGGAGUAGGAGGAAUAGGAGGAGGUGGCGGUGGUGGUGGAGGUGAAGGUGGAGGAGUUGGCAAUGGAGGCCAAGGUCAUGGCAGUGGUUUUGGUGCAGGUGGAGGAGUAGGAGGCAUUGGAGGAGGUGGUGGUGGAGGUGAAGGUGGAGGAGUUGGCAAUGGAGACCAAGGUCAUGGCAGUGGUUUUGGUGUAGGUGGAGGAGUAGGAGGAAUAGGAGGAGGUGGUGGUGGUGGUGGUGGAGGUGAAGGUGGAGGAGUUGGCAAUGGAGGGCAAGGUCAUGGCAGUGGUUUUGGUGUAGGUGGAGGAGUAGGAGGCAUUGGAGGAGGUGGCGGUGGUGGUGGAGGUGAAGGUGGAGGAGUUGGCAAUGGAGGCCAAGGUCAUGGCAGUGGUUUUGGUGCAGGUGGAGGAGUAGGAGGCAUUGGAGGAGGUGGUGGUGGUGGUGGAGGUGAAGGUGGAGGAGUUGUCAAUGGAGGGCAAGGUCAUGGCAGUGGUUUUGGUGCAGGUGGAGGAGUAGGAGGAAUAGGAGGAGGAGGUGGUGGAGGUGGAGGAGUUGGCAAUGGAGGCCAAGGUCAUGGCAGUGGUUUUGGUGCAGGUGGAGGAGUAGGAGGCAUUGGAGGAGGUGGUGGUGGUGGUGGAGGUGAAGGUGGAGGAGUUGGCAAUGAAGGGCAAGGUCAUGGCAGUGGUUUUGGUGCAGGUGGAGGAGUAGGAGGCAUUGGAGGAGGAAGCGGUGGUAUGAGUGGCAUGGGAGGAGGUGGUGGUGGUGGUGGUGGUGGAGGCGGAGGUGGUAAUGGAUGGCAAGGCCAUGGUUAUGGUAGUGGUUUCGGUGGAGGUACAAGUAAUGGAGGCAUGGGAGGAGGAGGAGGUGGAGGAAGUGGUGGUGGAAUUGGUAAUGAAGGGUAUGGUCAUGGUAAUGGCUUUGGGGCUGGCAUUGGCAUGGGCGUGGGUGGAGAUGGAGGCAAAGAAGGAGAUUAUAAGGGUAGUAAUAAUAGCAAAGGUGGAAGCAAUGAUCAUGGUGUUAACAAUGGCUUUGGAAUAGGAUUUGGCAUGGGUCUUGGGUUUGGUUUUGGCAUAGGAAGUAAUGGUGCAAAGGUCACCAAUCAAGGUGAUGUGAAUGAUCCUUAG